AGACGCGCGGCGGCCGAUCAAAGUGGCCCAGCCUUUGGCCCGUGUCCACGUCGCCUACGACUACACCGGCAGACUUUUAACGAGGAGACUGGCCCAGCUCGUUUGUCGCGACAAGGACGGGCAAGAUAAGCACCGCCGCGGCUGGUGCGUCGUGGGAGCGACGCCGGCGGAGUCGGCUCGCGCCCCCAGACCACCGCAAUGCAGG